AUCUGAACAAACAAUUUUUUCAUUCUUAAACGCAUACUAAUUUAACCCCUUUUUGUUCAUGCAGCAACUUUUACUCGCUGCUAUUGAUAUGGUGGAUGCCAAUUCCAAAACUGGUGGAUAUAUAGUUUAUUCAACAUGCUCAAUUAUGGUUACUGAGAAUGAAGCUGUAAUUGACUACGCCCUCAAAAAGAGGGAUGUUAAACUCGUUACAUGUGGACUUGAUUUUGGCAGAAAAGGAUUUACCAGAUUUAGAGAACACCGGUUUCAGCCAUCUUUAGACAAGACUAGACGUUUCUAUCCUCAUGUACACAACAUGGACGGGUUUUUUGUGGCAAAGCUGAAGAAAAUGAGCAACGUGAAGCAAUCUUCAGAAGGUGAUGAUGAGGCGGUAGAAACUGUAGAGCAAGCUGAAGUGUCUAGUGAUGAUGAUGAUGAUGAAGCUGAGGCCAUUGAAGAGAUUGAGAAGCCUUCUGUUCCUAUAGGCAACCGAAGGAAGCAAAAGAAAAAAAGAACAAGGAAAGACUUGCAAAAUCAAAGGAGGACAAGAAAGGUAAAAAGGAAUAAGAAAUCAAAAUCUGAAAAUGUGGAAGAGCCAUCUAAAGCAAGGAAGCAAAAGAAGAAGAGAUCUGAAUGGAAGAAUGAAAUUGCUCAAGCUAGGGAAGAGAAAAGAAUAGCCAUGCGAGAGAAGGCGAAGGAGGAGAAGCAAUGAUUCAGUGUUUUUGCAUCAAAGAGAAGAAACCAUUUGCGAAAACACUAUCAUCUAUGCUUAUAGUAGGCUUGUGCCAUGUAUUGGCUUUGUUGUUUUUGUUUAUUCACGACGAUUUGUGCAACAUUAAAAGCACCCAGAGUGA